AUGGGUAUUCUUAAGAAUCACUCGAAGAAUUCGGAGCGAUCAGCAACAAUCUCUGGUCUGAAGGCGUCUUUAUCGAAGAGGUCACGACGAGUCGUAGAAGCUGGAGUGGAGAAAAAGCAACAUCACGUUUCAUCUGAUUCACAACAGGAAGAUGCAUCGAAAGUACGCACCCGGAAGUCGGCAAGAGGAAACAAGGCAAAAGUUUUCGAAGAUUUCGUUCCUAUUCCUCAGUAA